UCUCACUGUGAGUGUCUCCCUGGUUUCGAGCGUCUGGGGGACGGCGGCUGCAGCCUGAAGGACGCCUGCAGACCAGACUCCUGCCACAGGAACGCCAACUGCAGCACGGCGGGCCCGGGACAAGUCCAGUGCACCUGUCUCCAGGGUUACCUUGGUAACGGUAAGGUGUGUUACGGGAACAUCGUCCAGCGUCUGAACGAGCUGAACACGGAGCCGGGAGGACAGUGGAGCGGACAGCUGAGCAGCGCCAUCACCCUGCUGGGUCCUCUGGUCUGGCCUCUGCAGAAUCUGGGACCUUUCACUCUUUUUGUCCCGAUCAACAAAGGCUUCAGAGGAACUUCACUGAAGACUCUGACUGCUGAUUCGUCUAAAGCUAAGUACCUGUGUAAGAUGCACCUGGUUGCCGGGGUGAUGCCGUUUGACACUCUGAAGAAUACGGACGUCUUCUACACUCUGACGGGAAAAUCAGCCGAGAUGGACACAUCAGAGGGGGUGAGACA